CUGUCGUAUGGCUUCACCUAAUGGUUUUUUUAACCACUUAACUUAUUUUCUGGCUGCUGGUGCUGUUACUUUGGGAAUUGGUUUCUUUGCUUUGGCAUCAGCUUUGUGGUUCCUGAUUUGCAAACGAAGAGAAAUAUUUCAAAAUUCCAAAUUUAAAGCAACUGAUGAGAGAUGCAGGCAAAGAUCAUUAAAGGGAAAGAUUAAAUCUCAUUCUCAGUGUGUCUUUAUUUCUCGAAAUUUUCAUACUGGAGGAUUCCAAUCACAGGAGGAGCAAAGAAAAAAGGAAACAGCACAUAUAAAAGUAAUAAAAGAUCACUCUAAAGAUGAAUUCUGCCUUGCAACAAAAAAGGUCAUUUGUGACCCCUCAGAGACUAGCUCGGCAACACAUCCCAGCAGUGUUACCUUAAGCUUAUCAACACUACCAUCUGAUUCUUAUUACAGCCAAAGUAUAGAAGCAGCUGAUGACUGGUUUUCUGAUGAUACUCUAGCAAAAAAGAACUCUCCAGUUCCUUUUCUCAGGGAACCUCUAAUGGAAAAAGUAUUUUCAUACCUGUCAACAAUUUCAUUAGAAGAUUGUACUGAAAAUGUACUGAAUAUGACACUUUAUGAUGAUCAGAAAGAUGACAGCAUUAAGGAAAUAUUUUCACGAAGAAAUACAGAGGUUGAAAUACAAAACCUUCAACAUAAUAUUGAAUGACUUUUUUUCUUUUGAAACAUUGUAUAUACUGAAGUCAUGGAAAGUUAAAAAGGAAUUACCAGCUUCUGAGGCUCUUAACAUGUCCAUACUAAUAUUACUUGUUCGUUACCAUAGAGUGGUCCUACUUCCCUUGCCAAUUCUUAUUUCUAGAAACAAAAUUACAGGAAGCAGUAGAGUGACAUAAUGAACAUUAAGCUCAACUCCUUGUAUCUCAUCAAAGGACAUAAUAAAUAAUAUGAAUGUAUUUCAGCAUACAAGAGAAAUACUUUAAGAAAUCUUCAGCACAAAUAGACUUUUGAAUAAAACACUCACAGCAUUUCCUUAUACUUCUGACAUUUUCAAUUUUAUUUCAAUAUGGGUAGGGCUGGGCAGAAUAUUUCCAUCAGCUUUUCUGAAUUUUAAAUACAUAAAUUUCCUAUCAUUCAAAUUUUAUUUUGUCAUGAUUUUGGUAAACAAUAUAAUUUUGCUCUUCUAGGGGAGCCUGGAACACUGAAGAAUCCAGAAAAUAAUUUUCUUUGCCCUUUCCUAUGUCUGCUUCUCAGAAUGGUUUCCCAAUCCUUACUCCAUAUGAUGGAAAUGUCGGCAGCUAUGUUCUUAAGCAGCUGAUUCAAGCUGGAUGAAUCAGAGUUCCUCUCUAAUCUGAGAAAUCCUUUUUUUUUUUACAUAUUUUUAUCAUUUUAUUAGGAAUAAUUCCAAAUGGGUUAUGAAGAAAAUUUACUGAGUUUGAUGAGUUUUCCAAAACCUCUUAAUGAAGAUAAUCUGAGAGACCCUUGGUCAGAUUUCUAUGUUUGGUCCUGAGGAAUUUCUGAAAUCCACCAUGAAAUUAAAUUUUUUUCCCUUUCUCCUAAAUACUCUACAUGUA